UUUUCUAAAGAUAGAAGCCGACGGCUAUGGCUGAUCUUGAGCGGAGCAAGAACGAUGCAGAGACAGAGAUCUGAUCAUGUUGUGAAUGAUAUUCCUCCAUGUCACUCCAAGAUGGCUGUGAUGUGUAUCGCGCAGAUCUCGCUUUUGAGGUUUCUUGUAGUCAAGCAAAGCUUUUUCAGGUUUAGUCGGUACCUUGCUCAAGAAGAGAUGGGCUCGUUUUCUUGGUGUAGCUCAUUCUGUUUUUUAACUCUAUUCAGCAUUAUCCAUUGACACGUAUUGUUGUUUGGUGCAUGAUGAAUCAUGAUACGGAUGAGUCUCCAUUGUACUAUACAGUAUCUGCGCGGCUGUGCAUCCAUAACAAAGACCUGGCGCAUCCUGACUUUGCAAUGUCCUUGCACACGAGCUCUGAACUCUGACUCUCUUCAUCAGCUGACCAACAAUCUAUUGCUGAUGAGACUGUGCUGCAGAUCAUGGCAGAGAGGAGAUAGAGCGGACCCGGGUUGUUGAAGGAAUUUUGAAAACAUGCUUGGAUUGCUCAAGAUGAUGCCUGUGACCCUGGUCUGCUUGCUUAUUACAGUGCAUGCAGCGCAAGGCUACAAGUGCUUCGAAGGCCAGGUCACAUACUGUGGAAUCAAUGCUGAUGGAGGAGCGGUCGCCCCACCAGGAAAGAACUAUUACGUGGAGGGUCAGAACUGGGCAUGCACAGACCCUGGGAGCAACAUGGACCCAACCUUCAUCGCUCCAAACUGCUGGGAUCAGCAAUCAUGCUCGAACCUCCAGACAGACCCGUAUGACGAUGCUUUUAAUAUGAGCCAUCAACAGCCCUAUGACUACGUUGGAAACAUCGCUUAUAUCGGCGAGUUGACCAACACGAGCCUCUCCUGCCCUGCUGAUGUACCGGCGUGCGGACUGCAGACGACCCUGCGGGAAGCAAAGCACGCGAAUGGACAGCACAGGGAUUGCGAGCAGUGUUACACGAGAUUCCGCUAUAGCGCUGAUAUCGGAGCGAUCUACUGGAACGUCUGGCAGAUCCAGAAGAAGUGCGUCGAGCCAGGCACUCCAUGCAACAACACAGCCUGCUACUGCACAGUCGAUGCACCCUACUAUCAGGGGGAGCUCCAUAUCCCCGAUGGCAACGGCGGGUACACGAUCCAAAAUGGAUCGCAAUACUGCAGCGUCUGGGCCAAGUCAGCAUGCAGGCGUAAGGUGUUCAAGUGUGUGUUCCACCUUGCAGACUACGUCGUCACGACGUUCCAAGACUACGAGAUCAAGUUUUGCUCCAUCGGCCCGGAUACUCCAGAGUGCUCGGGGUGUGUCGCUUGCAAGCAUGACGACUGCCUCUAUCCUGUAAUCCACGCAUCGAAGGCGAUCGAUCCCAAGACUGACUACAAGAAUGCCUCCAACUACAAUUGCAGCAUGGAGCUUUGCGGGGAAGCUCCUCGCACAUGCUGGAACGAGACUUGCAUCUAUACGGAUGAUUGCUGGCCUAAGUGUGAUCCUACUCUCUUCCACAAGAGGAUCGGCUGGGCAAACAUGGGAUUUUACGUACCUGCGUCUGGUGCCCGCGUGCUGAUCGAGGAGGUUUUCUCAAGAUGCAAUGGAUGACUUUGGUGCUGACGAUAAUGUUGUGUGUGUAUGUUAGUGUGUAGCAAGGAAAGUAAAAGAAACAAGCUUUGUCG